CUUGGCUCACGUAAGGCACCUACCUGGAACGGCACCCUCGGCGACUUUUCUCACCUUGGAGCCGGCCUCCUCACUGACUCUGCUCGAUGGAAGAAGGUUUGGGAGCUCAAGGUUACGAUGAUGUCCGAGGCGCAGCGUCUAGUUGCGACGGCAAUCUGGUCGAGCAGGCCGCGCGUGGUCCCCGUCGUCCGAGCUAGGCCUAAUCUGCCAAUCACGAUUACGCGAACCUAUGCUGCCGUCAAUUCUUCGCCUUCUGCUUCAUCGUCGUCAGCGUCGCAAGGGAAAAUUGCUUCUGACUUUCCUCUUCCAGCGUCUCCUCGCGCUUCACCAUACGAAAUCUUCCACUUGCCCCGGCACGCCACGCCGUCGCAAGUCAAGGCGCGAUACUACGAUCUCGUCAAGAUCUACCACCCCGAUCGGUCCUCUCUAGGGACAACGGCUUCUCGCAGAAGUGCAUCAAGAGGGAGCAAACCAUCACAUGGCGAUUUCCAGCGCGUGCAAGAAGCAUACUCAGUCCUGUCCGACGAGCGAAGGCGAAAGCUGUACGAUGUCUCUGGAAUCGGCUGGAACGAAUCCUCUUCGUCAUCGUUUGGACCUGCUCCGCCAGGUUGGGGAGGAGCUUACCCGACCUCGGAAGCAGAUCGAGCAGCAUACGAGGCCUUCAGCGACCAUCUGAGAAGGUCAGGCUCUUCUGCGUCAAGCUCGCGUCACGGCUGGGAACGCCGAGGUUCACCGGCAGGAGGAGCGAGAGGACACGACAAGUUCGGCUGGCAAUCGUACGCGGGCGAAUCGGGCUACUUCUAUGGCUUCCAUGCUCGAGACAGAGCUGCGCCUCACGAUGGUCUCUACACGACCAACCAUCGCUUCUUCUCCCUCGUAUCCCUCCUCACGUUCGUGCUGGCCGUGGGGCAGUUCAUUCGAUUGAGGCAAGAGAGCAAGAUGGUUGUCGAUCUCGCUGACCGGAAGCACAGGGAUGCAGCCAGGAGCCUGGACGAGGCGAGGAGCAUUGCCAGGAGUGAGAUGGGCCGUAUGCGAUUGGAUGAGAUGCGGAAGAGGCACCGACAACGUCUGAUCGAGGAAGGUCGAGCGUCGGAAUGGGACUUUGAUGGCGACAGCAUCGGUCACGGGGGACCAAGCGGGAAGGAUGCGUACCAAGAAAGGAUGAAGCGGAUCUCUCCUCCGUAAUGUCAGAUCAGAUUCACAAAUCAAGACCUCAGAUUGCCUUGUGACUUCCUGGCAUUGCUCAUUUUGUUGCAUUCCACCAAAGCUGGACUGAAGAUGGGCACUAGUACGGUGGAAUCCUCGACUGAAGCCGUUUGCAAAUGACAGAAGAAGAAAGACACUCGAUGGUGUCAAAUGACAGCCUCAAUGCCAAUCGCGGCCAAUUUCUUGAUUUGUGUGCUUCAAGGUCUGUGUUCAAUGCCCUUGAUUGUAGACGAUGAUGUAGAAGAAUUUACUUG